UGUUGUUUAGUUAGUUUAGUUAGUUAGAUGCGGUCGUGGGAAUCAGUCGACAGUUAGCGCGUCACAGCCUAGCCAUGGAUCUGAUAUACAUGACAGAUGUAAUGGCUUAUCAGAGCAUAAGAGGACCAGUGUACAACAACUAUGAUAUACAGAUCAACAAUGAUCAAACUAAGAAUCAAAAGGUUCAUCAGAAGAACAAGGAGAAAGAGCCUUGCAAGAUUUGUCAGGAGAGGAAGAGGAGGAGCUUGAUGAAGUACAUCAGAAGCAAAUCCCACGAUCAUUCCGACAAUGAUAUCAAGGAAGAGGAGGAUGAAGAGGAGCCUCAGGAAAAGCAAAUGCAAGAUAAACAAGAGGCAAAGAAACGCUAAAGUAAAACUUAGGUUGAAAUGACUUGACAUAACAAAGUCAGAUUUUGUCAAGAACUGCUCAUGAUUUUACAUUGUUAAACACUUUACACCGCCUGAAAGUAUUAUAACUACAAACGGCAAACAUGCCUAGGUGAUUUGAAAAAGUAUUAUCUCAUAAUUAACUCAGUAUCAUAGUGAGAGAAACAUAAAUGGUUCAUCGUAAAAUCUAGUUCCCUUUUCACUUGUCAAAAAGCUAUGAUAACCAGUGCAAUUUUAAGGGUAGAAGUAGUACAACUGAUUCACCAAUUUGACCAACAAAACAUGUUUCAACGAAAUAACUCCCCCUUAUGUUUUUAUUUAAUCAUAAAUGAUACCUAAUUGUUUCAAGAACAUGGACAUUCUUAUUUAUUCUUCUAUUAGUUGUACUUUGAUUUCAGAAUUAUAAAAGAAGGUUUCCCUCAAUGAAUACUGCAGUUAAGUGUUGAUAAUUAACUGACAGAGUAGUGUCGAGGUAGAAAAGACACGUUGCCUAAUGAUGUCUUUAUUUUCAUAGUAUUUUAUUUCUGUUUUAACUACCAGGUUUUGAUGGAUUUUAUUACUGGACAAAGAUGAAGAAUUCAAAAAUGUGUAGCUGACAUAUUCAUAUAUCAAGUUGUAGAGCAAAGCUCUUCCUGAGCUCAUUGUUUUGUAUUAGUGGUUGAUAUUGGAUAUUUUUUACAAUAUUGAUGAAUUAAAAAUGCAUUUAAAGUCUGAAUACCUCAAAGGUACUAUUAUACGAGACUUGGUCUAAGUACAGCAAAUGACUCUAAUCAUAAGAUUAUUUCAAAACACUAUUAGUAAGCGUUCUCAAGUAGGAAUAUUUUUAAGAAAUUUACUGCAGCUGUGACCUAGAUAGAUAAACAUGCUGGCAUUUCAAAUAAAGAGGCUGCAUUUUUUAAUUAGUGAAGAAACUUUACUGUAAUCCACAUCACCGUCAACUAAAAAGGGUAAAAAGUAAAGGGUUCCUAAAUUAUAGAAUAAAUGUUUUAAGUUAUAACACUUUAGGAGAUGUAUAAUAGUAUUUAAGACUGAUUGUUAAAAAUAUUGUAAAUAUUGAUUGAUGUAAAUACAGUAGACUAAGAGUGGUUAAGGGUAAUUUUAUUUAUAAACUUAUAAGUGGAGGGUACAGUAUUUAUCACCCCUUUUCUUUCAAUAAAUUUGUUCAGAUUCAUAUUUUGUAAGUGUAUUACUUUAGGGAUGGACGAGAUUGGAUUUUUAGUUCGAGACGAGACGAGACAAGAUUUUUUAUUCCUCAUAAAAUUUCGAGACGGGAUUUGCCUUCUCAUACACAACGGGAAAUGCACGUUCAAAAUCUUUACCUGAUUUUGUAACAUUGUUAGAUGACUGUUUAAAUACAAAAAUAAUGAUAAUAGGCAAGAAUAUUUACAAACUUUUAUUAAAAAAACAUCAGCAUAACAUUUUUUUUUAUUAAUCACGCCUUACAUAUUAUAAAUGCCUACGAUUAGGAAACAUAGUGAUAUCAGUUAGGAUAGAGUUCAACUUAUCCUAAAAUAAAAUAAAUCAUAAAAUAAAAGUAAUAUUAAUUUUUAUAAAAUAGUUACUUGUUUUGACUUUUUUUAUAGUAAUAAAACAUUCCUUACACUGCUUACGCUUAACAAAACUUCUCUAAUGUUAUUAAAGUAAUAUUAUUAAAAUAAUUAAAGUAAUAUUUACAUUUAAAGAAUUAAUUAAACAAAAACGCCUUCGCAAAGGAAACGCAACUACAACGCGCUCCUGUAUUGCGGGUAUUGCAUUGACUUUCUGCAGGCGUUUUUAAUUUUUUUUUUUUUAAUUCUCGUCUCGAUCAAAAUCUCGGCCAAAAAGAAAUCUCGUCUCGUGUAACGAGAUUUAAAAUUUCCCGAAAAUUUCCUGAAAUUUCAAGACCUGACCAUCCCUACUGUACAUGUAAAAGUGACAAACUACUUAACUGUUUGUAGCUAAGUUUAACAUACAUUUUUGCAUCAAAUAUAAUCAGCACUCUAAAUCUUAGUGAACUCUUAAAUUGUAAACUUUGGAAAUUAGAUAUUCUUUGCUCUUUGUAUUUCCAGCUUUUCAUUGCAUUUCAUCCUGCCAUAGCGCUUAAGUAUUUUAAUAGGAUUUUGUAUUUUAUAAUAAAUAUUUUUAUACCUCA